CCUCCCCUACAUGAUGUCCGUAAGUGAAAGCGACUGGCUCUCCCACAUGGACGAGAUCGAAGCCUACAUCCCACGGGAAGAGCUGGUCUCCAUCCUCCCUAACCUGACGAAGGACCAAGCCUCGUACAUCCUCCAGCUCCUGCCGACGCUGGGGAACGAGUCCGCCUCAGCAGCUCCCAACCAUGCCCGCUGCGACGUGGGAUUCCGGGAUGGCUAUAAGGACGUGCACGGUUACCUGGCGGUGGCCAUCUGUCUCGUGGGCGCAGUCACCAAUGUUCUCAACAUGAUCAUCCUUACACGGCGAGAAAUUGUGAACUCAACCAACACCAUUCUGACGGGGUUGGCCGUUGCGGACUUCCUCCUGCUGGUGGAGUACAGUAUAUAUGCCACGACUUCUUACAUCAGAGUGCACGAGAAAUUUUUCGAGAGUUAUUUUCAUUCGGUGUUCAUCCUCUUCCACGCACACUUCACACAGGUCAUGCACACCAUAGCCAUCUGCCUGACGAUCACGCUGGCAGUGUGGCGAUACAUAGCCAUCUGCAAGCCACAUCUCAACCUGUUCUUGUGUACGUUACCGAGAGCGAGACUGGCGGUACUCGUGGCCUACGGAAUAUCACCUAUACUUUGCAUUCCCAAUUACCUGAUGUAUUCAAUUCAUCAGAGCAGCGACAGGAGUAACGUCUCUCUCUAUCACGUCGGACUGAGACCACAAGCACGGGCAACAGAUGGCGUUCUACAGAGCAUCCACUUCUGGUUCUACAGCGUCCUCAUAAAAAUCGUCCCUUGCCUUCUCCUCAUUUUUCUCAUCUUCUUCAUCAUCAGGGCCAUGUAUAUAGCCAAAAGGAGGAAAGAAAACCUAAUCAAGAUGGGAACGCCGUCGAUGGAGAGCGACAAGAAGCUGCCGAGGAUGGAGAAGCUCACGGAGAAGACCACGCGGAUGCUGCUCACCGUCCUGUUGCUUUUCCUGCUGACGGAGCUGCCGCAGGGGGUCCUCGUGCUCCUCUCCGGCAUCUACGGGCAGACCUUCUUCAUGAAGUGCUACCUCCACUGGGGCGAGGUGAUGGACCUCCUGGCCCUCAUGAACGCGGCCGUCAACUUCCUGCUGUACUACGUGAUGUCGCACCAGUUCCGCGUGACCUUCCGCUCCCUCUUCAGCCCGCCGGUGCCCGUCAACCUCUCCCCGAGACUGCCGGGGGACACCGUGUCGACGCAGCUCUAGGGCACGCCCUCCUUCGCCCCUCACAGAACGGCGGCGACCGAGAGGGCAUGGCGGCGGGAGUCGUGCUGCUGC